UGUCUGCAAUGGAAAAAUGAAGAAAGCAAGAAACGUCAAGCAUAGUCAGCUGUUGAAUUUUGACAAGUGGGCGUGUAGAAAUGGUUUUCAAAAUGCUUUAUUUUUGGUUUAAUUCAAGAAAUAAAGGAUAAAGGAGGUGUAACAAUAUGAAUCUUGUCCGAAAGCUAAGGAAAGGGGGCGGGGCCAACAACGCUCUGUCCCAAGAUGAAGCCAAUUCUAAUCCCCAACACACUGCUCUUGGACUCAUGCAUUUGAAGAAACUUUUUUCGGAAUACAGUCAUCCUUCACAUCCUCUCAACGAGAAAGAAAAGGAUGAUAAACUGUACAAUAUGCUGCCUCUGUUCUGCAAGGUUUUUGAGAACAGUCCAUCGACGGAUAUGAGUGAAAAAUUUCGUGAUAUGUCUGCAUUUUGCCGUGAAGUUUCACGUCUGAUGGUGGGCGAAAUACGGCGAAGAGCGUCCAACCAGUCGACGGAGGCUGCUAGCUGUGCAAUCGCUCAGUUCCUGGAGAUGGAGGGCACAAUGGAACCAAGCAAUGGCUGGAUGCUCUUAUCUACACUCAAUCUUCUCGCCGCUGGUGACUUGACUCUCAUACAGGUGAUGACAAAUGUUUCCCUGCCAUCCACGCUGGUGAAAUGUCUGUACUUGUUUUUCGACCUGCCGGAAAUGACGGACCCCGACACACGUGAGAAUAACAGUGAUUUUUCACCGUGUGAAAAAAGAAUACUUCUUCAAAAGAUAUUUGUACAGGUGCUGGUACGAUUAUGUAGCCACGCUGCUCCGGCCGAGGAAUUAGCUCGGAAAGACGACCUGCGUUUGCUGUUUUCCGCCAUAACAUCGUGGUGCCCCGCCUACAAUAUUAUUUGGAGAAAAUCAGCUGCUGAGGUUCUCAUGACCAUCUCCAGGCAUGGACUCACCUCACCCGUUGUCUCUUAUCUGCACAGCAAACAGUGUGUGGCACAUUGCAUUGAUAACAUGCAGCGUGGACAGGAUAUCUCUCCACUCGAAAUUGUCGAAAUGUUCGUCGCUGUCUUUUGUUUCCUCAAAGAUUCGAGUGAAGUUUCACAAACUCUACUAGAAGAUUUCAAAACUUGUAAAGGAUAUGAAUUUCUAUCAGAGUUUCUUUUAAAAUUGGAACAAGAAAAACCUCCAGAAUCGACAGAAGCCAUAAGAAACCUGGUUCUGAUGAUAGCGUCUCUCUCGAUGUGUGGUUAUACAGAACUGAAGCCGAGUCCGGCCAGUAUGGGUUCUCUUUUUCAAAUUCUUGGAUUCACUCUACCUCAACCUGCUGGGCGUGGUGCCAGCGUGAGAAACAUUCAUGCAUUUCAAGUUUUACAGAAUGUUUUUCUGAAAUCGAACUCUUCCAGCUUAUGUUGCACAAUUUUGGAUGCAAUAUCUAAAGUCUAUCAUUCUGACAAUGCUAAUUAUUUCAUAUUGGAAAAUCAAAACACUCUAUCACAAUUUGCCGAAAAGAUUCAUUUGAAAACGCCAGAGAUACAGAUCAAAUUUUUUCAGUUGUUAGAAUUCAUCGUAUUUCAACUGAAUUUUGUGCCCUGCAAAGAAUUGAUUUCACUUUCCAUUCUCCUGAAAGGACAGAACUCUAGAAGUUGCAGUAUAACAUGUAUGCAAACAUUGCUCAGCAUAUUGAAGCACAAUACAAUAUUCAAGGAUGUGUACAGAGAAGUAGGAAUACUUGAGGUGUUUGUCACUUGCCUACAAAGAUAUGCAACACUUUUGAAAGAGAAACAACAAGCCCUGGAUGACGGAAGAGUUUUUGAGCUGGACAAAGAGGACAUUCAACUAGGAACCCUGGUGAUGGAUUCACUGAUCGUUCUGCUCAAUGGAAACAGUCAGAAUGCCAACGUUCUGAGACAAUGUGGAGGUGCACGCAUUGCGCACAAUCUUGUACCUUACGCCGAUAGCAGGCAUUUGGCAUUGGGAAUUGUUAAAGAGCUGAUAUUGAACGCUGGAGGGGAUGACGACAUGGCAACACUGUUGGGAAUGAUGCAUUCUGCUCCUUCAUCGUCACUGACCUUAAAGGGUCAUAUACUAUAUUCACUACUAGUCUGCCUACGGGAAAGUCACAGAGCUAGAACAGUUUUCCGGAAGGUUGGUGGCUUUGUAUACGUGAUGAGUGUUCUGGUCUCGAUGGAAGGCUGCCUGAUGAGUGGCACACCUCAGCCGCCGUGGGACUCCAUUUCACUCUCGCAGAUUCUCGGUCUACUGCACACUGUAUUCAACACCAUCACUGUAGCCAUGCGCUUUGAGCCUGGCAACGCCAGGUUUUUCCACCAAGAGGUUUGUUGGUUUAUUCCUACUUUGCGAAAUAUGUUGAUUGUGUCAAAAAAUCUACCAGAACAUAUUCCAACGGAACUGUCAUAUGCGUGCCUAGUCCUGAGAAUGUUGUACGAUGUGGCACUAGAUUCUUACGACAAACCAAACUCAUCGACUGUUGUGUCCUUCAAGUCCCCAUCACAUAAACGAAACAUGGAGACACAGAAGUCGCUGGAGUCCCCAUGCUCAGGUCGGCGUGUGAAUACUCUGAAUCUGACUCCGCCAGUGCCAGACCCCAUAGUGGUUCAUCCGGGGGUGGUCAUAGCCAUAUUGCAUCUACUUCCUUCAAUACAGCACUCCUCGCAAACGCAACUGACACUAACGCUGCAGCUGUACGCGGCUGAGGUGGUAAAAUCGCUGGUCCGUUGUGAACGCAACCAGCAGCUGAUGUGCGAGGUGGGUUUGCCCGGGCAGCUGCUGGCCGUCGGCGAGGUGCCGCUCGAAGAUGAGACGCAUCCGUUGCAUCCGCCACUGCAGUAUAUGCUGGAGAGGCUGGCCACACAGUCACUCGAACCCAAGGAUCUCAGAGAGUUUCUGCGUCUGGGAUCGCCACUCUGCUGCCAGGCGAUGGACUCGAUCCUGCACCACCCGAGCAGACGCCCCGGUGGCUCUGUGCCUCUCACGCGGGUCAAGACGCUCGUCUCCAUGACGACGCCGCGAUCCCAGACCAACAUACCCCUGCCACCGUUCGUCGAGAUGGACAUGUCUGCUGAAGGAUUUGGCUGCAUGUAUCUACCGAGCGUGGCGCCGCAGUCUGUUGUCUUUGACACUUUGACUGCACCCGAUCUGGGAGUUGUUGGAGGCAUGGGCUCAGGUGAUCGGAUAUUCCCGCCACAAACCGGUUUGAGUUUUUCGUCGUGGAUCUGCGUUGAACGGUUCAGCGAUCCGCGCACCGAUCCGCACUGCGUGAGGCUGCUGACUCUGGUCCGCAAUCUGCACUCGGCCAAGGACGACCAUCUCAUCUGCCUGGCAGUUGUGCUCUCGGCUAGAGACAAGGCUGUCAUUGUCACCACUCAGGAAACUCCGCUGUCGCAUACCGGAGCAGACUGGGAGCCUGACGUUCAAGGAUCGAGCGUGUCCUGUGCCAGGAUCUGGUGUCCUGAUCUGCUGCAGGAAGGCUCCUGGCAUCAUCUAGUCCUAGUUCUAAAUAGAGCAGUGCUCAAGAACUCAUCCUUCUCUCUCUACAUGGAUGGACAGCAUGUUCAUAGUCAAAAACUGCAUUACAUAUCACAGAACCCUGGAGGAGGGGCUGCCAACUUGACAGUGGCUUCCUCGGUGUACGGCUUCAUUGGAACGCCGCCGAUUUGGAGACGCAACUCCCGGCUGAUUUGGAAGCAAGGUCCUUGUCAUCUGCUAGAAGAGGUUCUCAGUCCGCACAUAGUCACAACUAUUUAUCAGCUGGGCCCCAACUACAUUGGAAGUCUUCAGGCUCCACAACUCAACUUUAUGGAAGUGCUGCCCCCACUUGUCACAGAGGAGAAAGUUGUGUUUGGACUGAAUGCAAAAGCUGUAACACAAGUCACACUUUCCAAAAUUCGCAAAAUUUACUCUCGUGCUGACAACAAAUCGAUAGCCAAACAGCUUGGAAUGUCUUCGCAUGAGAAUGCGACACCUAUUCGUAUCCUGCACAACUCGGCUGGCCACCUGAGCGGACCGGCUCGCUCCCUGGGAGGUGUUGUCGUCGGCUACCUGGGUGUCAGAGUCUUCACACCGCGACCCGUCGCUAAGAUGAUCGAGAACGUUGGCGGCUGCUCUGUGCUUCUCGGUCUAAUAGCAAUGGCUCAGGACGUUGAAAGCCUGUACGCCGGUGUGAAAGCUCUGGUGUGCGUUGUGAGAGGUAAUAAGAACGUGCAGCAAGAAAUGGACCGCAGGCGAGGAUAUCAGACCCUGGCAAUGUUGCUGCGAAGGAAACGCCAUCUGUUGAACUCGCACAUCCUGCAUCUGGCGUUCAGCCUCGUCGGCACUGUGGACAGCGGCAGGGAGAGCUCGUCUAUUCCGAACCCCACCCCGUUCCAGGACCUUCUCUGUGAUCUGGAGGUGUGGCACGAAGCGCCCGGCGAACUGCAGCGCUCGCUGCUGGAGCAUUUGUACGAACUGGUGGCCGAGUCAAGUGAGAAGCGCGCCAACCUGCGCCUGGUGCGCGCCAUGCAGCUGGUGCAGCGCCUGCUGCGCAUUGUGCCGACUGUCCAGGCGCCGGCCACACGCCAAGUGUUGCUCAGCCUGUUGGGCGCCAUGCUUGCCAACCAGCCGCAGCCGCAGGAUUUGCUUGCGUUUGGGCAGUUUGUAGCGUCGACUCUGCCCAGUUCGAUCACCAACGAGAAAAGCAUCAUUCUGCAGGAACAAAACGUAUGCAAGCCAGCUGAUCAAGAAGUGGAGGCAUGCGACAGCACCAUCAACUCAAUAUUGCUGCGUAAUCGAUGCCUUCAGCUGCUGCAUGGGCUGCUUUUCACGCCUAGGAAUGCUGUCAAUGUUCAAUUCUGUGAAGCUGUGGUAAGUGUGCUGGGAAUGGACUGGACGAUGCUGUUUAUGCUGGGCCACCUGCACCCGACCACAGUGGUUUGGGGCCUUAGAAUAAUGGUGGUGCUCGGCUCGGUCACCGCUCUGCUGCAGAAGUUCCGCGAGGGCAACAUGUGUCACGGCGGCUGGCUCAAGGACACCGAAGUCGUGUCUCAUCUGCGCAUGGGUGUCGUUCUAGGCUACCAACUGGGAGCAGCAUUACCAAGGAAUCGUGAUUUCCGAAACGACGCCAUAAAUGUGCCUGGAUUUCAACGUCUCGCCUACUUGCUACAGCAGCACAUCGAUAUACCCGAAGUCUAUUUUCUCCUGAUGGCCCUGAUGAUGGGACAACCUGUCAAACUCCUACCCGCUGAUCCCAAGCAGCAAAAUUACACAGAAAAAACAGCAGAGCGACGACAAAACAGGCAACAUCACGCAUUGGUUGACGAGAGUGUGGAUGGGUGGUUUGCCAGCGCUCGUCUUCACUGGCCUUCCCUCGACAAAAAUCGGAGCGAUGACAAGCAAAGGCCAAUGAAGGCGAGCCCUGGAAAACCACCCAUCCACACUCUGACGCUCGUCGUAAUUUGUUAUCAACUGGGAGCAGCAUUACCAAGGAAUCGUGAUUUCCGAAACGACGCCAUAAAUGUGCCCGGAUUUCAACGUCUCGCCUAUUUGCUACAGCAGCACAUCGAUAUACCCGAAGUCUAUUUCCUGCUGAUGGCCCUGAUGAUGGGACAACCUGUCAAACUCCUACCCGCCGAUCCUAAGCUGGACUUGGACAAUGUGUGGAGUUUCAUGUUUGGCGUGCCCGCCUCGCAGUCGGUUACCGCCAUGUCUGGACGUGUCAACUUGUGUCCCGAGGCCGUAAUUGUCCUUCUGGCCAUGGUUCGAACCAUGCUCAACCAGGAGACUAAAAGUCCUGACAGUCUACCGGAAUGGCUGAGAGAUUACCCGGUGACCAUCAUUCAGUUUCUGUUCUUCUUGUACCACAACAUGGGUGAUCUGAUGCCGAUUCUGAUGGGUGGAGACGUUCUGGGAGCACUGGCUGGCACAUUGUUCCCGCGACCUAUCGUACAAAGUCAGGCAUCCACUCCUGCCGAUGAUGUCUUUACUCCGCUGGAGUCGACAACAAUGGUGCUGCGAUCGCCAACCAAGGAGCCGACUCUCAGUAACCAUCCGGCCAGAAAGUUUGUGAUGGACUUUCUGCGAGUGAUCGUAGUCGACUCUCUGUCUCUACCAGUCACUGGCAAGUGCACUCCAGCUAUUGAUCUCGUCCUUGAGGCAUCUCCUGAGAACUCCAGCCUGAGCCAACAAGCGAGAUUCCAGACGGAAGUGCUGACCACUCUGAUGGAACACCUUCUGGCGGCUGAUGUUUUGAUAGGCGAGCAGGCAGCGCUGCCUGUGGUGCCGGGAGGAAACUCUGCCAACAUUGCGCCCAAUGUCUGCUAUGUCGCUGCAAGGACUGUCGACAAGCUGUGGCAAGGAAUGCUGUUGAAAGAUCCUCAUGAGGUGUUGGACUUUGUGGUGAAGCUGAUAGCGCAGGCAAAGCGCAGGCCCGGCUCGUUUCAGCUGGAAGGACUCUACCACUGUUUGAACCGCACCAUACUCUUCCUGCUGUCGAGGGGCACUGACUCCAUAGCCGAUCAGAUGCCUGUGCUCGAAACACUUCAUAAAUUGACAACUCAUCGGGGCCUUGUUUUUGGAGCUGGUAAUCACGAACUGGACUUCAUUGGAUGCCUUACCUACUGCCUCCUGCAGCUGACCUCGGACAUGAAAAUCAUGCUAGAUGCCAACGUGAAGACCACCUGGCAUGUCAAUCCAGCAGAAGAAACUGUCGAGCUGAAUUCCAGGGAAGGACAGAACUUGAUGGCCAUUGCUGCGAGACGAGUAUGGGACGAAUUGUAUGUUUGCAAAAAGCCUGCCAUCGAAGAGGUCUUCAAAAUCACCCUGUCAUCACCCAACAACAAAGCACCGGAUCUCACUCAAGUUCGGGAACAGCUGUAUGACUCGGCAAACAAGUUAUGGUUGAAUUAUGUUGAUAUGGAGAGGAAGGCCAGCUACAGAAAUCCGUGGGAACUCCACAACCAAAUCCAGUCCAAGAUACAGAAAGUGACCGGAGGAUUGACGAGACUUGCCAGCCGAACUAAAGUGAAAAAAGAGGAAACGUUGAAGAUCAGACAGCAUCUAGCCAUGACUGAUAUCGAUGCCUGGACGCUGACACAUGUGGCCUUGGUGAGGGAACUAGUAGACUUGCAUAGUAAACAGUACGCUCUGAGUCAACAGCAUAUGCAGCGCUAUGUCCUCGAAGACUGGUACCAGACGGAAACCGAAUUAACCCGGGAGCGCGGUCUGUGGGGCCCGACAAUUCCAAGCAGACUGGACAAGUGGAUGCUGGACAUGACUGAGGGACCUUGCAGAAUGAGGAAGAAGAUGAUGCGUAAUGACAUGUUCUACAUUCACUAUCCUUACAGACCAGAACUCGACACAGGAGACAACAAAGCACUCAAGUAUAAAGUAGCCAGCAGUUGGGAUAGCAAGGAGUACUACCACAAGUACAGACCUCAAAGCCUCAUCGAACGAGACAAAGAUCCAGUGCUGGAAGCGCAGCUCACCUCCCACAAUUCAACCACUAGUCAUCUCAACUCUGAAUCAGAGUCUAUAGCAUCUGAUGAGCCAACCGGCUUUCAAGGCAUGAAUUGUACGCUCCGUAGGACUGUUAAAAGAUCUAUUUCUGAGCCUGAAGAUGGAGGGGAUGAUAAUGAAGGGGAGGGCGGCUCAACUGAGGACCAAGAGUCGUGUCCUGAUACCCAUUCGAUCUUGAGAUUGUUGGAGGAGAAUGAGAAGAUAAGUCACAUGUUCAGGUGUGCUCGGAUUCAAGGCUUGGACACAACCGAAGGACUGUUGCUGUUUGGGAAAGAACAUCUCUAUGUUGUCGAUGGGUUCACACUGCUGAAAUCUAGGGAAAUCAGAGAUAUCGAGUCGUUACCGCCGGAUUGUCACGAACCAAUUUUGCCAAGUCCUGGCAGUCCGAAUCAGGUACAGACUAAGAGACAGUGCUCCAAGUUUGCCUACGAGGAUAUCAGGGAAGUUCUCAAGAGAAGGUACCUGUUGCAACCGAUGGCUCUAGAAGUGUUCUCUGGGGAUGGCAGGAAUUAUUUGCUGGCGUUCCCUCGUAAAGUUAGGAACAAGGUUGAUCAGAGAUUCCGUCUGUUCACGAAUGACAUAGCGGACAGUGCUCUGCAGUCAGUGGCUGGACAAAAGCGGACAGCCAACGUGGAGCAGGGAGCUGGUUUGUUGUCGAAUCUGAUGGGGGAGACCUCGGUUACUCAGAGAUGGGUGAGGGGAGAAAUAUCCAACUUUCAGUACCUGAUGCAUUUGAACACACUCGCCGCCCGUAGCUACAACGAUCUCAUGCAGUAUCCCGUGUUCCCAUGGAUUCUUGCCGAUUACGACUCGGAGCAACUCGACUUCACCAACCCUAAAACGUUCAGGGACUUUUCGAAGCCGAUGGGCGCACAAAGUGCUGACAGACUGGACCAAUUCAGGAAGCGAUUCAAGGAAUGGGAUGACCCACAUGGCGAGACACCACCCUACCACUAUGGCACACAUUACUCGUCUGCUAUGAUAGUUUGUUCCUACCUGGUGCGAAUGGAGCCGUUCACUCAGCAUUUCCUGAGGCUACAAGGGGGUCACUUCGACCUGGCCGACAGGAUGUUCAACAGCAUUCGUGAAGCAUGGUUGUCGGCCUCACGACACAACAUGGCGGACGUCAAGGAGUUGAUUCCGGAGUUCUUCUAUUUGCCGGAGUUUCUGUGUAAUUCGAACAACUUUGACCUGGGCUGCAAGCAGAACGGAGUGCAGCUGGGUGAUGUUGUGAUGCCGCCCUGGGCGAAAGGGGACCCGCGCGAGUUCAUCAGAGUGCACCGUCAGGCGUUGGAGUGUGACUAUGUGUCGCAACAUCUCCAUCAGUGGAUCGAUCUCAUAUUCGGCUGCAAACAGCAGGGACCAGCUGCUGUCGAUGCCACUAAUGUGUUCCAUCAUCUUUUCUAUGAAGGAAAUGUCGACAUCUAUAACAUUGAUGAUCCACUAAAGAAGAAUGCCACCAUAGGAUUUAUCAACAAUUUUGGGCAAAUUCCAAAGCAGUUAUUCAAGAAGGCACACCCUGCGAAGAAAUUGAAUCACAAAGGCUCUGUUCUGGACCCAACACCGAUUAACAGCACGCUCAACUCAUCCGAGAGGCUUUUCUACCACAAUUUGGACAACCUCAAGCCAUCUCUUCAACCUAUAAAAGAGCUGAAAGGAGCCGUGGGCCAGAUCCUGCAAUCGGACAAGAGCGUGCUGGCAGUGGAGCAGAACAAGGCGCUGGUUCCACCCUCCUACACCAAGUACAUAUCGUGGGGCUUUGCCGACCACAGUCUGCGGCUGUCAGGGUAUGACAACGACAAAUCGCAUCUGGUCAGCGAGGUCGUAAUGCAGGGCUGCGGCGAGAUUGUCGCCUGCGUCUGUCCCUCCGCCAAGACUAUUGUCACCGCCGACACCAGCUCGGUUGUAACGCUGUGGGAGUACUCGAGACGUCAGUUGCAAGUCGUGCAGUGUCUGUAUGGACACAGCGAUGCGGUCACCUGCCUGGCAGCCAGCCCGGCCUACAAUGUCAUCGUUUCGGGAUCCAGGGAUAUGACCGCCAUAGUCUGGGAUCUAUCGCGAAAGAUAUUCGUGAGGCAGCUGCAAGGCCACAAUGCACCUAUCGCUGCUGUAGCCGUUAACGAUCUGACGGGGGACAUAGCGACAUGUGCGGGCACUUGGCUGCACGUGUGGAGCAUCAAUGGUGACGAGCUGGCCUGUGUGAACACGUGUGUGGGCCGGGCUGAUCGCAUGCAGCAGAUACUCUGUGUGGGCUUCUCGCAGUGCAGAGAGUGGGACGCGCAGAAUGUCAUUAUGACAGGGUCUAGUGACGGAGUUGUACGGAUGUGGUCAGUGGACUACGUGCAGGUGCCAAAGGAUGACCGGCCAUCUUUGACGCUAAGUGUGGGGCCUGAGGAGCAAGAGGAUGGAGACGUGAAGCCUAGGAGAGGGAGUGAGAAGGCGGAGGAGAGCGACAGAAAGACCAGGGUGCACGAACAACUAGUCAAGCAGAUGAGCAUAUCUGCCGAAUUCGAUCCUGAUGGUCCAGCCCUUCUAGCUAAGAGCGGAUCGGAGAGCAGUUUGACGGACGACGGUGUGGAUAAGGCGCAGGCGCAAGAAGGCGCUGAGAAGGGCAGCAAAUACAAGAGGAGGGUGAAGAAACAACCGGACGUCCAGGUUGAGGAGAAGGAGGCGUGCAGUGGGGAUGAGGAGGCCCCCCCCGUGCCUGUUGUGCGCAGGAGGCGGUCCUCGGCUAGAGCCAAUCCUCAGUUCCGUAAAUCAGAAUGCAAUCCUGGGCGGUUGAGCGAAUUGGAGGCGACUGAGAGCACGGAUGAGAGCCUGGGCAUUCGACCGAGCAAGAGUGACACCAGCCUCACCGACUCGUUCGUCAUGGUCGGCAACGACGGAGAUGCCAAGGAUGAUGUCCCGGCUCGAAAAAAUCGCAACAAUCAGCACAUUUUGCGACCAGGUUUCAAGUGGCAGAGACAACUGGUGUUCCGUAGCAAGCUGACAAUGCAUACGGCAUUUGACAGAAAAGACAAUACCGAACCGGCUUCGAUCACAGCUCUAGCAGUUUCAAGAGAUCACAGAACAGUGUUCGUUGGCGACGCACGCGGACGUGUGUUCUCGUGGAGCGUGUGCGACCAGCCCGGGCGUGGCGUCGCCGACCACUGGCUCAAGGACGAGGGUGCCGAGUCGUGUGCCGCAUGCGCGGUGCGAUUCUCCAUCUACGAGCGACGCCAUCAUUGUCGCAACUGUGGCCAGCUCUUCUGUUCCAAGUGCAGCAGAUUCGAAUCAGAAAUCUCGAGGCUUAGGAUACUGAAGCCUGUUAGAGUUUGCCAGGGAUGUCACGCCUCCUUGCGAUUGCAACAGAAGACUGACUAGUACUCCAUCACCAAGACUGGCAUAAAAGUUACCUAACAAUGCUCUUCAGGUUGAAGGAAGUUGAAUGAUGCGGUUCGAGCUAUGAAUUAGGGACAUCAUGUAUCAUGUGUUGGUAAGAGUUGGGAUAAUGCUAAUCAAUUUAGACCAUUGUUGGCAACAGUUGUUGCAAACUCUGAUACCAGAAGUCACAAUGCAAUAAACUAGAUGUAUUCAAUGCAUUUUGUUGCAAAUCGCUUGUUUUGUGUUAGCCAUUUAGUGGCUUAUGUAUUGAAAUUUGUUGUUAAAUUAUUAUGAUAGAUGUUAGGCUUGUCUGGAAAAUUGUAUUUUGUUUUAAAUCAAACUAGUGUUGAUCACUAGAUGUUGCUGAAAAACAGCUUCAAAUUUAUAAUAUGUAAGUGCAACAACACCAUUUGUAUGUUUGUAUAUCUGUGAUAUGAUCAAGUAUUUUAAACUGGCUUCGAUGAAGGAACACUUUCUCUUCGAACUAUAAAAUUUCAAUAUUCAAGUUUCGCUUCAAAUAUGAAAUUCUUCAUUCAUAAAUUUAGUAUGAUCUGUGAAAUUUCGAUCAAAUUUUGAUUGAACCUUUGCCAUUUUUGUGCUAAUAUUCAAUGAGUAGGCUGUUCAAUUAUUUUCAGUCUUGAGGGCCUCUGAUCUUUAUUUGAACAAAAAUCUCUUAUCAUUGAUAAGUUUAUUAGAGUAAAAGUUCGUUCACCCUCUGUGAACAAUAAAAUUUCUGAAACCCAAGUUCAUUGCCUAUCUCAAGUCACCUAAAUUUAUCACUAAUUAUUGUAGAGAAGUUUAUUCUGAGGAAAAAAUGUACAGCAACGUUUUCGUCUAAAAUGCACACCAACCUUACAAAUCAGGAUUUAGGCCCGCCGCAAAGUAGACCCACGCUAAUCUACGAAAAGCAACCCACGCCGUGGGUUUUGUAAACCAUUGCUAUAGAAUUAUUAUUCAUAAUCAAUCAGCUGACUAGUGGA